GUUAAACGGUAGAAUAUUACUUACGCAAAAUUUCACCAAAUUUAUCUUAGUGAUCGGAAUAUUUAUUUUAAUAAGUUUAGGUUGUUUGUUUUUGUUUAUACAGUUUUUUUGUCAUUAAAUUUCAUAUGGCUAACAACUCAUCAGGUUCUAGUACUAUUUUUAGUGAGUAUACAUUUUUUUUGUCAAAGUUGGCAGAUGAGCUGACUACGUACAAUCUGAAAAAACUUAAAUUUCUUAUGAAAGAUUUUUUACCUGCUGGUGCUAUUGACAAAAUCGAUAAUGCACAUUGUUAUAUAGAAAUACUUGAAAAAAAUCAAAUUAUACACAAAUAUGAUUUAAGAUAUCUUUGCACUGCAUUUGAGGCAAUUGGGAGAAAUGAUCUUGCAAAAAGAGUUUUGACAUUUAUAAAUGAGAAUGCAGAGUUUGGAAAGGCUUCAGAAUUAAUUUCAACAAAACACAGUUCUCUCUUGUCAUCAAAUGCUGAAAAACCUAAGAUAUCAAGUGAUGUUUACAAUCAAAAUUCUCCUUUGCAAUACGCUUUUAAUCAAUUAUCUUACAAUGUUCGACAGAAUGAGGAGCAUAUUAAAGAAGUUCAAAUAAGUAAUCAAGAUGAUAUUUACGCUAUGGAGAGUCAUCCAUGUGGAAUUUGCCAUGUUAUUGCUAAUAAUUUUUUUUAUGAAGUUGAAUCUGAGGAUGGAAGGUUAUUAAAAAGUCGGUUUGGUACAGAGAAAGAUGUUAUUCUGUUAUGUAAUACAUUUUCAUGGUUAAAUUUUGAAGUUGUUGAACAUCAUAAUUUAGAAGCUCAAAACAUUUUGAAGGUAAUUAAUGAUAAAAAAAGCAUGGAAACUAUUGAUUGUUUUGUGUGUUGUAUAUUAUCACAUGGUUUCAAAGAUGGAGUGUAUGGAAGUGAUGGUAAGAAGGUGACAUUUCAAGAAAUGAAAACUUCUAUGAAUAAAAAUUCUACUAAUUGGCUGCUUAAUAAACCAAAAAUCUUUUUUAUUCAAGCUGAUAUAAUGGAGGAAGUUUUAUUUUCUCCAUUUACUAGGGCUGAAAGAAUUCCACCCAAGUAUAGCUUUCUUAAUGAAACAAAUCCAGAUGAAUGUUCAGAUUUCUGCUUUUCUGUAGCUACUCCUACUGAUAAAUUUGAUUAUCACUAUUCUGAUGGAUCAUGGUAUGUUCAAACUCUUUGUCAUAUUUUAAAAGAACAUUCAAUCAGGAUGUCACUUACUGAUAUGCUACAAAGGCUCAGUAAUAAGAUAUCUAAAAUAGUUGCAAAAACUAAUGGAGAAGUUUCAGUUGAGGAGAUAUUAUCAAUACAUAGUAAUACUUUAAGAAAGCACUUGUUUUUUAAGCCAAGAGGAAUAUACAUUGACAAAACCUUUAAAAAUAUGAGCAUAGAUGAUGGAAAAUCUCCAUGCAUUUGAUUUGUUUUAGUAUCUUAAUGUUUUCUUUUUUAAUUUUUUUAAAAUUAAUUAAAAUUAUAAAUAACGUUUUAUAUGUUUAUAGAAAUAAAUUUAUUUUUAUGUUUUCUUACCAUAGAUUAAUUUUAAACUUUAAAAAUGCAGUAAAACCUACAAAACAAUAACACCUACAAAACAAUAACACCUACAAAACAAUAACAUCUACAAAACAUAAUUAUAUUAGCAUAAACAAAGUGUUCUAACAUUAUGUUUAUUUUUCGAAAUAAAAUA